UAUCUCAAUUUCUGCUGAGAGUCGAGAGACGUUACCUUUCGUAGGAGUUGGUGCCUUUGGGCCAUUCCUUAAAUUCCCGAGGGAGUAAUCGCGUGUGCCUUCUUAGACUAGUGGUGCUGGGAGUUGGGAGGAACGGCGUUUAGUGCAGCGUUUGUACUAGUGUUGGUUCGCAAAAUGUGGUCCCGGCAACCUAGUUCCUGGAAAUAUGGAGUUAGAGGAACCGAUAAAAUGACCCUGAUGGAAGAAUCAGAUCCAGAAUGUGAGACAUUCCAUAAGAAAACGCCUAAAUUCUUCAAAAGGCAGAGGGAAUUAGAACCAGUUAACCUGAUAGUCAAUGGAAGAAUAAAACUAAUACACAGUGAUUGGUUCAGGGAUGGGCAUACAAUCCAGGUUGGUCCAAUGGAAGUCAAUUCUGAGAUCUUUGCUGGAAAGACUGGAAGAGGCAGCUGUCUUUCUGCUGGGGCUGCUGAACUGUACAAUGUAGAACCUAAGCAUAGAGCUGGUAGGAGCCACUGCAUGAAGAGGGCUUGCCAAGUGGAACCAAUCCAAAGGAGAGCAGGGCUAAGAGAGAGAGCUUUCUUCUCUUCUGAAGACUGCCUGGGUCUGUGUCCUGCAUUAACCAGAAAGAAGUGUCAUAAUCCCAAAUGUUGGUGAGGACACCGAGCAUCAGGGGCUUUCUGGUGCGAAGACAAACUCCUCAGAGCCUUGCCUUUGGAACAUUGACAGCAUCCUCUGAAGCUGAACAUAAAAAGCUUGACCCAUGAACAGCAAUUCUACUCCAAGCCCCAGUCCUAGGAACUGAAAACAUGGUACAAACCCAAUGAAGAAAGCAGCAUGAUUUGUGAUGGUUGUAAAGUGAAAAUAAGCCAGAUGACCACCAAUAGUGGACUGGAUAAACAGAUGGUGUGCCAUUCACACUAUGGAAUAGUUGACAGCAGCAAAGACCAUUGAGCCACAGCUUCUGACAAUGACAUCGAUGAGGCUCACAGACUGUACCAUCCAUCCAUUCGGACAUAAGACACUCCAGGGUCAGACUCUCCUGUAAAUUCAGUAGCUUCCUAGUGCUGGAGUUAGUCCUGUCUGCAGAGCCCAUGUCUACUUGAUUCCCAGACAUCUUGGGGGUGAGAGAGGGUCCCUGAAAGGGUCUUGGAUGAGAGGAGUCCUGCACUCCCCUGGGCAUUGCUGUGAUUGUUCUUGUUGCUGCUGUUGAGAACAUUUGGCCUGCUGGUUCUUGAAUCAUCAUAGGUGCUUGUUCGGUUGAUUCAUACGUCCCUCCUGCUCCUCAUAGGCUGAGUACCUGCCCCUCUCAAAGUGUUUCCCCGGCUCCUGGUCCCUGCUGUGGACCCUGUGUUCCUGGUGCCACCUCCUCGGGGGUCUGGGGAAGGCACAAGGCCCAUGAAAUGCCUAGGUUCUUACAGCCUUCACUCCUCUGUUCCUGCCCCUUGAGCUUGGUACAUUUUUUAAAAUAUUUUUAUUUUUAAGUAAUCUCUAUACCCAGCAUGGUGCUUGAAGCCAGAACCCUGAGAACGCAUGCUCCACCAACUGAGUCAGCCAGGUGCCUCGAGCUUGGGGUUUCAAGCCAUAUACACAUUGUACAAAAUAAGGUUAAUCCCAGAAAGCAUUAGAGAAUGAGGCCAUCUUGGCCCUGGCCUCCGCAGACAUAGCCCAGAUCGAUGACUGGGUAGAAAACACGUAAUGAAAAUGUUAAGACAUUGAGAGAAUGCAGAGAACCAGGGAUCUGCCUUUUCCUCCAGAAGACAAGCAGUCACCUCGUUUCCUUCCCAGCUGUAGGCUCCUACAAUGCCACUCCUUAACCACAUCUUCCAGCACCCCCAAAAUCAACUCCCUCUCAGCAAUUUUUUAAAACCUCAAACAUGGCAUACUACACACAAAGUUGGCCUUGUCACCUGUAUUUUUUUGGCAAUUGGACAUUUAGGUCUGCCUUGUCAAAGGUUUCUUACUAAUGAUAUAGAGGUGCUAAUGGCUGGACACUUGGGAUUUUUCCUGGGAUUUGUCUAUUAUGAGACUGCGGUGAAAAAGAACCUCCUGUUUAAUCACCCCUCCCAAGACUGGGUUUCCUUGGGUAGUUAUUAAAAUGUUUAACUUUUUCUUUCAAGAAAAGAGGAUGUGGGCAGAGAGGAUCUUCUGUGGGCCUACGGGGAAAUCGGGGCUCUUCUUUGUACUAGCAGAUCAUCUUGGGGGAGAGGCUUAGUAUAUGGAGGUGAUGUGGGAAAAUUCCCAUAAGGAUGGCCUGGAUGAAAUGCAAUAACACAUUGGUCAAGAUGCUUCAAGAAGUUGAAAGCAUUAUACAGCAACAAUAAGAUGUGACUAUAAAGUAAUGGGACAGAUUUCACUGGAAUCAUAUACUGGAACCAGCCAUAUUGCUUUAUGUUUGGACAGAUGAUACCCAGAAGACUGAGAAGACCUGAUUCAGACAGACUCCAGGAAAAACUGAAAAUGUACUGGAUCGUGUAGAAGUCUGUGGGGUAGGCUGGCUUCAGGCACUAUGAGAUUCAAAUGCUCAAGCGAUGUUACAAGGACAGGAUUUCUUUUCCUGGCUCUGCCUUCUGACAUAUUGGCUCUCAUAAGUCUUCUUGUUGUGGAGACAAGAUGGCCAUGGCAGCUCACGCCUCAUGUCCUUUCAGGUUUUGGUACAGCAGGAAAGGGAAAGAAUCUUCCUCCCUCGUGGCUGAAACCUGUCCCAAAUUGAGUCUUCUUGACCCUAAUUGGCCAGUCUUUGGUCAGGUGGCCAUCCCUGAACCAGCCAGAGAAUGUGAUUCUCUGGUUGUCUCAGCCCAGAUGUAACAAUCUGGGGGGACUUAAGACAAAGUCAACUCCACUAGAAUCCUAUGGACUGAGAAAAAGUAAAUCCCUGAACAUAAACUCAGUGCUAUUCUGGCAUUAAGUGAAAUGAACAUUGGGCCAUCAAGAAGCCACAAAUUUUCACUGCAUUUAGCGACUUGCUGUUCAUGAACCUGUCAUUUCAAAAUUCUGGCUCAGCUGAGUUUCUUUCAGGGAAUGUCUCUGCAUUUUGUUUUAGAAACAAGCAAUUAGAUGCAUGUGUGUGGCGAGAGAAAUGUUUGCAUAUUGAAAUGGCCUUUAAAAGUGUUUCUUUUUCAGUGAGAUAGCUCUUCCUCCUGUCUUGUAAAGAGGUUUGCCUCACAAAGGUCUAGCAACAUUAAAGUAGUUCUUAAUCAGAAUUGUAGGGAAAGCAAACACAAAGGCUGAGCAUCUUCCCUCUGCACACCUGAGAAGAGAUUAAAUGCAGAAAAAAAACCCCAAUACGUGCAAGGUCAUUGAAAUCAGAGCAAAGAAAGGGAAAACCAAUCAUCGUGGGGGGUUUUUUGAUCAAACGUGAUUACAUUUAAAAUAAGCUCAGCCAUGCUUCUCCUGUCACAAAGGGAACGUGGAGGAGGUUGCCAAAUAAGCUCCCUGCCUUCAAGUUUUGAAAGAGCCAAUUAUGAGAUGCAAAUGACCCAAAAUUGGGCUAGGAAAUUAAUGGUAGAAUAACUGAUAAGUGUGUAAGUUCUCUGGUCUUAUCUUCUCAGGUGAUACAUCUGCUACAACAACUCCUUUCUGCAUCAUCUGUUUUUUUUUCCCUUCUCUACCUCACCCUCACAUCUUCAUGCCGUAGCUUGCCAGUCUCACUAAGCCCAGGGGAACCCAGUAGGGCUUGUAACCCAUAGCCAGGCCCUCCUGAGCUACGGAUAGCUGCUCGGAGCCCUUUCCCCACCCCACCAUUCAUAAGUCAAUGGUACUAUCCCACCCUCGACCCUGCUUCUGGAGAGAAUGGGGUCACUGUGGAAUAGGUGAGCCCUGGGAGGCAAGCCGGAGGGGCCACAAGGAGCGUGGGCACAGAGAAGACCAUCUGACAGCCACAGGGGAGUCACAGGACCAGAGGGGCUCUUUUGGCUCUUUUUCUAGCUCUUGGACAAGCAGUUCCCAGCUCCCUCCUCCACAUUCCUUAUUUCCAGCCAACGUGCACCCAAAACUGUGCUGACCCUCAGAUUUUGCUUUGUUUGGCCAGUAACAGGUUUUAACAUAUUUUAAAUGUAAAUGCCUUUGAGUACAGUCUAUGUGUAUAUAUGUGUAUGUAUGUGUAUGUAUGUAAUCCUGGAGUUUUCCACAGUCCCUACUACUCCCUGUUGCCUUUCACAGGCCUCUGAAUGACCUUCAGCUAGUGGGUAACACAUUAACCCUUUCACUCUUAUCACCUUAAUUCUCUCCUUUCUCUUUCUGAAAUAAGCAGUCACUGAGGAAUGACUCAGUCUUGAGUGUAUUCCCCCUCCCAUGCUUCUCCUGCUUCCCUGAGCCACACACAGACUCCCACUCUCCCAGUUUGUGUUCCAUGUCCCCAAAUAAGCAACCCUCCUCUGAGUCUGCACACACUUUGGCUCCUCUUCCAGCCAUGACUUCCAGCUGCCUCCUAGUUAACUCACACUCUACCUCCAGAGCUCGGCCCAAAUGUGAAUUCCUCAGGAAAGCCCUGAGGCUGCCUGACAGCCCCAGACUAAGAUGGAUCCCAUCACAUGCUCAGAACACCCUGUAUGUCUUUUUAAAAAACUUUUAAAAAACUAUUUAUUUUUGAGAGAGCACAGCAGGCCACCGGCAGAGAGAGAGGGGCACAGAAGAUCUGAAGUGGGCUCCCUGCUGACAGCAAGACAGUCCGAUGCGGGGCUUGAACCCACAACCAUGAGAUCAUGACCUGAGCCGAAGUCGGACACUUAACUGACUGAGCCCCAAACACCCUGUAUUUCUGCUUCACGGCAUUUGCCUUGAUUGUCUUACAGUAAUUACUUGUCUGUGUUCCUCCCUCACCCCAACACCUGCCCAACUCCACCACCUCCCAAACGUGAGCUCAGGGAGGACAGUUAUUCAGUUUGUUGUGUUCAUAGUUUAUCUCCAGCUCCAAAGGAGCACAAUUUGAGUGCUCAUUACAUGUUGAUCAGUGAGUGCGUGAAUGAAUGAAAAGACUGAGAUGGCAGGGAGACGAAUUUCAGGGGAAAGACCGCACAGACACAGGGUCCAAGGGAAUACUGCAAGGAGCGCAUGACAGUACCAUGGGGAGUCUCGUUCAUUCAUAAAUCCCAGCCUCCGAGAAUGUGCUGGCUUCCCAAAGUCACCUCGGAACAGGUUCUUUCCCUAGCACUGGGUCCCAACAGCCUACUGUGUGGGGGUGGAAGAGGAUUUCCCAGCUUCUGUGGGCCCUUUUACUUGACCCCAGGAAGUCCCCUUUUGCAUUCCCUCUGGUAAGCUUUCCUCACCUUCCCUGCUCUGUGCAAACCCCUCACUCUAUUCCCUCUUGGAAUGAAAGCCAUUUAGUGACAUCUUCCUUGGGUUCUCUUUUUUUUGUAUCUCAACUCUGGCCUUCAGCAGCACUUCUAUUUAAUGGUAUAGGGUGAGCAGUCUUCCCAGGAAAAGUUUUUCUAAAUGUUUCUGGUUUUACCUGAAUUGUUUUUGUUUGAGGUUUAAAUGCAUCUAUAGAUUUUCUGACCCAUUCAGGAACUUUGCUAUUUUUAAAUAAAAGAGGGAUGUGCCAAGUAAUAGCAAAUCGAAACCAUCUCCAUUGGUGCAAAUCACCUUCAAGAAGGACAGACCACCUUUUGGAAGCCUUACAUAGUGGGGAAGUGGCUCCUUUCUGGGUGCUGAGCCUGCUCUGACCCCAGCCCCUCAUUGGUGGCCCUGUGCCAACUCUGCAUUCUGAGGGGGUCAAACCCCUCUAACUGUGAUGACUCACCAGGCUCCCUGAGCUCAGGGUCAGUGGACGUCACUCUUUCCCCCUGCACUGAAGCCCAGGAAAGCCCCAGGGCAUGGGUCACCAGGUGGCAGCCUCUGAUGGGCCUAUCUGUGUCCCAGGACAGUCGCUGUGCCUGUCUGGGUAGGGAGUGUGUUGUGAGGUCCCAUUUACAAAAAUGGGAAGAGAUUAGAGAAACGGCUUUUUCUGUGUUCUGUGAAGACUUUAAAUGAACCAACCUCUUACUUCUACCCCCUGAGCCUGUGACACGGGAGUGUGCCUCAUGGUUGGUGUUAAAGGAUAGCAUGUUUGUGUCUCCUCACCCAAAUUCAUAUGUUGAAAUCCUAACCCCCAAUGUGAUGGUUUUAGGAGGUGGGGCUUUUGUGAAGUAAUUAGGUCAUGAGAGUGAACGAAUGAAAAGACUGAGAUGGCAGGGAGGAGAAUUUCAGGGGAAAGACCACACAGACACAGGGUCCAAGGGCAUACCACAAGGGGUGCAUGAAUAGGAUCAGUGCCCUUGUAAAAGAGAUCCCAGAGUGCUAGCUCACUCUCUUUCCACCAUGUGAGGAUUCAAUGAGAAGUUGGAUGUUUGCAGCAUGGAAAAGGGUUUUCACCAGAACCUGACCAUGCUGGCCUCUGCUUUUGAGUUUCUAGCCUCUAGAAACUUGAGAAAUAAACAUGUGUUGUUUAAGCCCCCUAGUCCAUGAUAAUCUGUUAUAGCAGCCUGAACUAUGAGUUGUUGGGUUGGAAGAAGUGUUCUCUGCUUACACAGAAGUCUCCCCACAGUCCCUUCCGGGUCCUUCAUAUACUUUUCCCUCCUUCAGUUCCUGGCACCAUGGACUAGAGUAUGUCAGUGUGGUCAGGCCCAAAGUGUGAGGAGGUCUCCUCCUCCUGCAUACCCCUAUCCUGACCAGAGAGGCAUAUUAAUCACCAAAGGGGACAUAGAGCUGGUCAGUCAUCAAGUAUUUUCCCUCCCCUGGGGAGGACAUCAUAGUGGAAGAGAAGAAAUUCCUGGAAGAGUCACUGGUUCAAAGACACUUACGGCCUGGACAGUUAAUAAUAAAAUUAUCAGGUUAAUACCUCCCAGAACCAUAGCAACUAGGAGCCAUUCAUCCCAGAGCCCCAGGAAACAAUGGCAGCCGCUCAAAGAAGCUUGGAGCUUCUUGAAGAUUCGGUGUUGGACAUUUGGAGGAGAUGGUGGCUGGAGGCUCAGAACUCCAUGUGCUAAGUAGCGUGAGCCCUGCCACCAAGUCAUGCUAGCAUAUCUUGCUUCUGACACAGGAUAAGAUUUAUAGUUCCAAUUGUGGCUGGCCUUUUGGCUCCAGGCUUGAUCCAUCUAGACCCUUGUACUCUUUCUAAAUGCCUUUCAUUAGCCUUUCCCUGCUCAAAAAUUUUUAUGAAUUUCUAGUUUUCUAAAGCAAAAGAAAAAAAAAAUGUGACCUCCCUUGCCAGGCCAGUGCUCAAGACUGUCCUAGUCUUUCACCGUGGAGUCUCCCCAGCCUUUUCCACUUCUGCCCUUCAUGAGACACCUGAGAGCAGUGAGGUGCAAGCCUCCAGGCCCGACUACUACUUCUCCUCUAGUACUUGCUCCUUUUUCAAGGUCCACUUCUGGGAAGAUGUUCCUUCUUGAAGCAUCCCCUGCCCACCUUAUCCCCGUGGGUCCCUUAACCCUGGUUCCAUAACAGGUACUUGUAAAAUUCUUGUCCAUUGAUUUAGCCGGCCAUCACAGUCCAGAGAGAGUAGUUACUGUGUAGGAUUAGGUAAGGCUGAGUGUCUUUGCAGAUGCUUUUUCUGGAAUGCAAUUUGACAAUGUGAACCAAGAGUCUUAAAAAUGUCUAUAUCCCUUGACUUGGGAAUCGUACUUCUAUAAAUCCAUCCUAAGUAAAUUAACUGACGUGCCAUCAAUAUGAAUAAAACAAAAGUGUCUGCAAUUUACUAAACUGCUAAGCACUUGUAUGUGCCAAACCUCGACUGCUGGCCACUUUAUAUACAUUCAUUCCUAUGAUCCUCUGAGUCACCCCAUGAGAUAACUAUUAUGAUCUUCAUUUCACAAAUGAGACACUGAGGCCAGAAAAUUUUAUGGAACUUGACUAUUAUUACAUCCUUGGUAAAUGAAAGAAUCAGAAUCUGACUCCAAGGCCCAUGCACUGCAUCCUUAUUAUGCCAGUGGAAAAUCAUGAGCAAUAUAAACGUCUAGCAAGAGGAAAUGAACUAAUUUUGCUAUACCCACAUUAUGGGAUCUUAUCAGCCAUCAAAAUAAUGUUUUUGGAAGACUGUUCAAUGACAUGGGAAAUACUUCAGAUAAAAAGUUGAGUGAAAAUAAUAAGAUUCUAUAGUGGGUUGAAUGGUGACCCUAAAAGAUAUGUCACAUUGAACUCCUUGGAGCUUAUGAGUGUGACCUCAUUUAGAAAAAAAAAAAAACAAAAACAAAAAAAAAACCCUUUGCAGAUGUAAUUAAGGAUCUUGAGGUAAGAUCAUCCUGGAUUAUCCAGGCAGGUUCUAAAUCAAGUAACAAGCAUCCUUAUAAGAGACAGGAGAAAUAAAAGACACAAAGAAGCAUGGAAGGCAAUGUGAAGAUGGAAGCAAAGAUUGGAGUCAUGUGUCUAUAAGCCAAGGAAUGUCAGCAACCACGAGAAACCAGAAGAAGCAAGAAACAAAUUCUUCCCUACAACCUUUGAAAGGAGCAUGGCCCUGCGAACACGUGGAUUUCAGACUUCUGGCUUCCAGCGCUGUGAGAAAAUAUAUUUCUGUUGCUUUAAGCCACCAAGCUUGUGGUAAUUUGUUGCAUCAGCCCCAAGACGCUAAUACAGGUUUCUAGCCAUAGAUGCCUUUAGAAGCCUUCCUCCCUUUCCAGCCUGUCAUGGCAAUCUAGACCUGCUGCACUCGACCCCAACCUAUAUCUCAAGUUGACAAGCAUUCUGUAGCUUCUACCCAAGAAUGCUGUCCUCUCUCUCCUGGGCCUGUGUCCCCUGAGUUCUCCAUCUGCCUGAGAAGAUCAAUACAGAUAUAGACACAUACCAAUAUGUGUGUUAUAAAAAUCUGUACUUAAUACCACUGCUGGGAUCUGGUGCAGCACUGUCCUAAGCGUAAGGGACACAUGCAGACCCGCUUCCAUUAUGUAGUGUUUUACCGUUUGCAAAUCACAUCCAUGCGCACUAUUUGCUCUUCACGCCACACUGUAAGGUGUGCAAAAUAUCUUAUGUUUUAUAUUUUAAUAUUAUUUAUAUUAUAUUUACAUAUUUUAUACUUGUUUUGCAGGUGAGUAAACUGAGGCUUCACAGAUAUUAAGUGCCUCGCUUACUCAAAGUCAUGCAGUAGGGCAGAGCUUAAACCCAGAUUUCCUACUUAUUCUUUCCAUGAUAGUAAGCUCCCUUCAGACCCAAUGUUUUGGAAAUUCAGGGAGAGGAAGGUGAAAUCUCAUAGCAGGGAUCCAGGCAGUUUUCUUAGAAAAGGUAGAAUUCAUUUUACAGUUUCUUGUAAAAUGAUAGAAUCCCAGUAGAUUGGGGGUUGGCAAUUUGUGGUCUGUGGGCUAAAUCUGGCCUGCCUUCUAUUUUUGUAAAUAAAGUUUUAUUAGAACACAGCCUUGCUUAUUCAUUUA